CCGCCCGGUUGCGCGCAUGUGCCGCGCGCGCCCCUCCCCCGCGCGGCGGCCGGACCCAGCGGUGGCGGCCAGGGCACGAUGAAGGACCGGACCGGGGAGCUGCGCGCCGCAAAGGACAGUGAUGAUGAUGAUGAAGUCACCGUCAGUGUGGACCGGGACCGCUUCAUGGAUGAAUUCUUUGAGCAGGUGGAAGAAAUUCGAGGGUUCAUCGAUAAGAUUUCGGAGAACGUGGAGGAAGUGAAGAGGAAGCACAGUGCCAUCCUGGCUUCGCCCAACCCCGACGAGAAAACGAAGGAGGAGCUGGAGGAGCUGAUGUCUGACAUAAAGAAGACGGCGAACAAAGUGCGCUCCAAACUAAAGAGUAUUGAGCAGAGUAUUGAACAAGAGGAAGGGCUCAACAGGUCAUCUGCUGACCUGCGGAUAAGGAAGACUCAGCACUCGACGCUGUCGCGCAAGUUCGUGGAGGUGAUGUCGGAGUACAAUGCCACACAGACCGACUACCGGGAGCGCUGCAAGGGCAGGAUCCAGAGGCAGCUGGAGAUCACUGGCAGGACCACCACCAGCGAGGAGCUGGAGGAUAUGCUGGAGAGUGGCAACCCUGCCAUCUUCUCCUCUGGGAUCAUUAUGGACUCAAACAUCACCAAGCAGGCACUGAAUGAGAUUGAGACACGGCACAGUGAGAUCAUCAAACUGGAGAACAGCAUCCGGGAGCUGCAUGACAUGUUCAUGGACAUGGCCAUGCUGGUGGAGAGCCAGGGCGAGAUGAUCGACCGCAUCGAGUACAACGUGGAGCACUCGGUGGACUACGUGGAGCGGGCAGUGUCGGACACCAAAAAGGCAGUGAAGUACCAGAGCAAAGCCAGACGGAAGAAGAUCAUGAUCAUAAUCUGCUGCGUGAUCCUGGGUAUCGUCAUUGCCUCCACCUUCGGCGGGAUCUUCGGCUAGACUCACCCCACGGGACUCUUUGCGUGCCAUGGACGGAGCCGCGCCGCGGGGCCGCAGCCGGGCCGGAGCGAGCGGCGCAGCCCCGGAGCCUCCCAGCAGCAUUUCAGUUUCUAAUGCAUGGUUGUUUGUGACGCUGUGUGUGCGGUGCGGUGCGUCUGUGUGGAGGGAGCGCCGGCCCCGGGGCGCAGGCAGGGUGCAGGGGUCGGGACGGUGAUGGGCCCGAGGGCGACCCGAGGAGGGGAACCCAAGCUCUCAUCACUGCUCCAGCCUGGGUGGCUGGUUGGGGCCAGGCUGGGGACGCAGGUGCUCUUGGGCACUGCUGCUCCUCCUGUGCUGGGUUAGUGACGGCUGAGGAAGAGGAGGGACCGAUGAAGGGUGUGAGGGGUCCUUGGGAGCACAGCACCCAGUCAGCCUCCCCCAGCUUCCCCAUCCCCUCCAGCCAGAACUGUCCUGUCUGUCCAGCUGCAUCUGUGCUUGCAAACAUCUUUCCUUGGGCUGCUUCUCUCUCGGGGCCCUUUCCCAGGGGUGCUCUCUUGCCAGGCUCUGUCUCCCUCCCUCCUUGCCCAGGGCUCUGCUGCUCUGCUGACAGCCGGGCUGCCUGCCCUGGGCAAGCCUAUGCCCUGGUGUGGGUGCCAGGGGCUGGAUGUGUUGCUGCUGGCGCUGAGUGGCUGAUGGAGCCGUGUGGGAUGAGGAGCUACUACCCAAGUCAUCACAGAUGUGUGGGGAUGGGGACAGACCACUCGAAGACCUGUGCUGCACCCUGGUGCUGGCCUGGCAGGGCAGGAGUGCACAGGUACUUUAAGGUCAGCAUGUUUCACGGGCUGCUUGCCCUGCACUGAAGCCUCAUUGUUCUGUUCUCAGCCCUGCACAGGGUGGUCUUACCUCAUACUGCCCCCAGGCCUGGGCUCUGGCCAGUGGAGCUGGAGGCUGGCUCAGAUUCUCUCAGCCCCCUGCAGCAUUUGCCUGGGAGUAGGGCUGCUUCCAGACUCACUUCUCCAGGCAGGCACCCACACCUCGGGGCUGGAAGCAGUUAGGUUUCUCCUGUUGUGGUCCCAGGAGCAGCCCUUACUGCAUCCACCCCCUGCAAGCUAGGAGCAGCAGCCUUCCUCCUCCUUUAUCCUACCAGCUCUUGAGCAGGGCACUGCCUGACUGUUCCAUCCGGCUCUCUGCCACCUCUUGGCAUCUGCCUGCCCCUCCUUGCACAGUGCCCUUCUGCCUGCUCCUCCCUUGGGCUGUCCAGCGAGGCACCUGCACUUGGUGGCAUGCUGUGGGAGCACCUGGGUGCCCUCUGUCAUACCCACUAUUUGUAUACAACCACUGUGGGGUGACCUGAGCCUGCUGGCAGCUUGGAAGGGCCCUGUGUUGCCACUGCCCUGUUUUCCUCAGGCUGGGGGUGGGCAGGACUCUGUCCUCACAUUCCUCUGGAGACUCCAAGGCCCCAGCUGGCCCACGCACAUGCCAAAGCACCACAGAACAGCCCAGAGCAGGAUGGACACCUAGGGCCAAGCUCACAGGCAGAGACUGGCAUAAGUUCAGAUGCCAGCAGCACAAAAAGGGCACUGAUGGCAGUAAGUACUCCAGCUGCAGGCAGAAAUAUCACCUCCCUGCGCCCACCAGGUUGAGGGGCUGCACCACCCUGGCCGAGUGCUGUCACACGGGUGCUAGCCCAGUGUGUGGUGGGCACAGGGUGAAAGGCAACAGGGCUGUAAAGACCUGGUGCUGCCUUCCCCAGGUGCAGCCCUGCCCGGCAGCAACCCAGACACGGAUCUUUCCCUGCCACUGUUUUUACCUGAGGUCCCAAAAUACAAACCCUGACUGCAUUCAGCUGCCCUUGGGAAGUGUGUCCAGCCUCAUCCCAAACUCCUAGCAGGUGUGGCCAUGGAAACAGCCAGGACUGGAGCCCUCUUGCUUCACAGUCCCGUGAUUGAGGUGAGCCAGAGGCGCUGCAGCCUGUGUGCAAAGGGCUUGGGGCACCAGCAGCCCUGCAAGCAGCAGGCUGGCUCUGGAGCACCCUCUCCAGGGCAGGAAGCAGGCAUGGGCAGGGUCUUUGGCAACAGGAGGUGAUGGCACAAGUGUCUACUGCUCCUGCCCCUGUGCAGCUCCCUGCCACCACAGUCUCUGCUCUGCACUGGGCCCCUCCUCUGGGAAGCAAUAACACUGCUGGCAGGGCUGCUCCUGGGCAGGCAGCAAAGGCACCCCUCAGGCGCCCACCCUGCAGCCAUGCCCACUGCUAGCACAAGGUGACUUUUUCUGUCGUUGUUUUUGUUUUGUGGCACAAGCUCACCUACCAUCAGGGCUGUGGCCCACUCCUGCCAAGGCACAAGGCCCAGAACAGCACUGGUGGGAUUCUGGCACUUGCUCCUUCUUUGUUGGUACCACCAGCGCCAGCAGCCCUCCCCCCCUGCCCCCAGCAGCAGAAGCCAGAUGGGGCCACAGUCAACAACUCUGCCAGUGGCACUUCCCUGGAGGUCCCACAGGCAGUGGUGGUGCCAGGCCAUGACACGAGGGAGGCCGAGGAGCAGGCUGCCACUGCUGCCCCACAGGCAGGCUCACGCUGUCCUCGCUGCGAGGGGAGGGUGUUUUGGUGCAAUAAUUCCCCCCUGCACUAUGGGAAGCCCCCUUCAGUUCAGCUCCUUUUUACCUAUCUGUCGUUGCAUGUACAAACCAAAUCACCAAACGUGUGGUUGUGCUUUGGGAAGACAUUUCACUUUUUCUUUCUAGCCCCUUCCCCCACCUCCCCCAAAAUCCCCAGUUCGCCCCAGUCCCCUGCCACCCUCAGCCCGCUUGUCCUUUGAGUUCCACCACCUCUGUCCAAGUGCCACCUGCCCUCCCAGCGCCGGGAGCCUGCCGCUGCAGUAUUCCACGAGCAGUGUGGGGCAUGCACAGCUUGCACUCGAACUGGGGAUUGUUUCUUUUGUAAUUAAUGUACUUGAAGGCUUUCCGAGCCCCCCCCCGCCCCCCCGUGGAGUUGUACUGUUGCUGUACUGUGAGCUAAGUGUCCUUGUUUUCUAUGUGGAUCUUGACCCUGGCUUGCUCUGUCUCACUGGGCUGGAUGACACUCUAUGUUGCCACUUUCCUCCUUCACCUUUUUCCUCCCCCUCUCUGCUAGCCUCCCUUUCUCCUCCCAAAGCUUUGGGUGCAAAACAGCUUCCCAUUUUGUGGAAUUUUUAUGUAGAAUAAACAUUUGUAACUGUAAA